GCCCGCGGUGCGCGCGCAGGUCGAUGCGUCGGUCGGGGGCGCGCUCGGGUAACCUGUACCUCACGUAGUCGCCGGUUACCCAUCGGACUGUUAAGUUCCAGUGGUGAUUGGCAAGCUGAGUUGAAAUGUCCCCAGAAGUGGCCUUGAACCGUAUUUCUCCAAUGCUCUCCCCAUUCAUAUCCAGUGUGGUACGGAAUGGAAAAGUGGGAUUGGAUGCUACAAACUGUUUGAGGAUAACUGACUUGAAAUCUGGCUGCACAUCACUGACUCCUGGCCCCAACUGUGAUCGAUUUAAACUGCAUAUACCUUAUGCUGGAGAGACAUUAAAAUGGGAUAUCAUUUUCAAUGCCCAGUACCCAGAGCUGCCCCCUGAUUUUAUCUUUGGAGAGGAUGCCGAGUUUCUGCCGGACCCCGCAGCUCUGCACAAUCUUGCCUCCUGGAAUCCUUCAAAUCCUGAAUGUCUCCUACUGGUGGUGAAGGAACUUGUGCAACAGUAUCAUCAGUUUCAAUGCAGCCGCCUCCGCGAGAGCUCCCGCCUCAUGUUUGAAUACCAGACGUUACUGGAAGAGCCACAGUAUGGAGAGAACAUGGAAAUUUAUGCUGGGAAAAAAAACAACUGGACUGGUGAAUUUUCAGCACGUUUCCUUUUAAAGUUGCCGGUGGAUUUCAGCAAUAUCCCUACAUACCUUCUCAAGGAUGUAAAUGAAGAUCCUGGCGAAGAUGUGGCCCUCCUUUCUGUCAGCUUUGAGGAUGCUGAAGCCACCCAAGUAUACCCCAAGCUGUACUUGUCACCCCGAAUUGAACAUGCCCUUGGAGGCUCCUCUGCUCUUCACAUCCCAGCUUUUCCAGGAGGAGGCUGUCUGAUUGAUUAUGUUCCUCAAGUGUGCCACCUGCUCACCAACAAGGUGCAGUAUGUGAUUCAAGGCUAUCACAAAAGGAGAGAGUACAUCGCUGCGUUCCUCAGUCACUUUGGCACCGGUGUUGUGGAAUAUGAUGCAGAAGGCUUUACAAAACUCACUCUCCUGCUGAUGUGGAAAGAUUUCUGCUUCCUUGUACACAUUGACCUGCCCCUGUUUUUCCCUCGAGACCAGCCAACUCUCACAUUUCAGUCCGUUUAUCAUUUUACCAACAGUGGACAGCUUUACUCCCAAGCUCAGAAAAAUUAUCCAUACAGCCCCAGAUGGGAUGGAAAUGAAAUGGCCAAAAGAGCAAAGGCGUAUUUCAAAACCUUUGUGCCUCAGUUCCAGGAGGCAGCCUUUGCCAAUGGAAAGCUCUAGGAAACACCCGUCUCAAGAGCUGGCCAGCCAGACUGCUCAGUCCCCACGCGUGUCAGCACACACGGCUGCUUCCUGGAAGCCAUUUGGAACGUCUCCACGCGGCAUUUUGCUCACACAGCAGCUUUAUGCACCCCAGACAGCC